AUGAAGCUUUUAGGUUGUUGUUUAGAGACAGAAGUCCUGUUACUAGUUUACGAGUUCAUCACAAAUGGAACACUGUCUGACCAUAUUCACAAUGAAGACCGCGCCACCAUAGUUUCAUGGGAAAUCCGUUUGAAGAUAGCAGCCGAAGCUGCUGGAGCACUUGCAUACUUGUUGGUCCCUUUGGGUCAUACUCAACUUACCACGUUGGCAAGCCAAUUGACUGAGAAGAGCGAUGUAUAUAGCUUUGGAGUUGUCCUUGCUGAGCUACUUAUUGGAGAGAAGGCCAUUUCUUUUGACAGGCAAGAGAAGGAUAGGAACCUAGCAAUGUACUUUGUUUCUUCGAUGAAAGAGGAUCGCUUGUUUCAUAUUCUUGACAAAAGAAUGUUGAAUGAUAGAAGUUUUGAUGAGCUCAAAGAAGUUGCUAAGCUGGCAAAGAGGUGCUUAAGGGUAAAUGGAGAGGAUAGGCCUACCAUGAAGGAAGUCGCAACGGAGCUAGAGGGAAUUAUCCGAAUGAUGGAGAGGCAUCCAUUGAUUGAAGUAGAUUUGCAUACUGAAGAGACUGAACAAUUGCUUAUUCACAGUUUACCUUCAGACGGCUACAAAGGUGUUGUUGAUGGCCAUAAUGGUUGUACUACAAGUACAACUAUUGGGUAUGAUAGCAUAAGGGACCAGAUUAUAGUGGCACUAGAUGAUGGCGAUAGUCUUCUCUUUUCUUUAUUAGCAAAUUGGACUAAUAGAUCAAUAUGA